CUUCUUACAUUUAAUCUCCACUGCUACUUAAGUAUGACCCGAACAGCCCGGUUCCUCUCCACGAUUCUGUACACAACUCACAGGACACGUUUGAAAAGCUGAGGCUCACCUCUCGCCGAGUGGACUUUUUCGGGGCUGUGCGCACAUCUCCCAUCCCCCCUCCUCGCGGGACCGUUUCACCCCACCGUUUCUUAUCCUACCGGCUGUGCGAGACGUAAGGGAAGGCCAAGAGGAGAGAGAGGAGAGGAGAGGAGUCCGUGUAGCGAGGACAGAGGGACAGGAGAGAGGGACGAUGGCUGCUCUCUCUGCCUUGUUGAAGAGCUGGGUGAUCCUGCAGACCCUGUGCCUGGCUUUGGCCCAAGUGAGAGGCCCACCUGGACCGCAGGGCCAGCCCGGCCUGCCAGGCCCCUCUGGCACGCCGGGGUCCGACGGCAUUGAUGGAGACAAAGGACCCCCAGGCUCUCCUGGUGCUCUGGGACUUAAGGGAGAGCCAGGCGAGCCAGGUCCUGAUGGAGUACCGGGGGAGAAUGGCAUCGACGGAUUGAUUGGAGCAAAAGGUGAUCAGGGUCCUCUCGGGAGCCCAGGGCCCAAGGGUCAGCCCGGACCAAGCGGUGAGCCUGGCCCUCCUGGAGCCGGCCUUCCCGGGCUACCUGGUGCUCCUGGACCAAUUGGUCUUCCGGGGGAGAUUGGUGAUACAGCAACCAAGGGUUUAAUGGGUCCACCUGGACCUCCAGGACUUCCUGGGCCUCCUGGCAAGCCGGGUCCUCCAGGUAAAUUUCUUGGUGGAGAGGAGGGCAGUGCUGAUUUCCAGUGUCCAACAAGCUGUCCAGCAGGACCUAAGGGCCCUCAAGGACUGCAGGGAGUCAAGGGACACAAAGGACGCGCUGGUAUUCUCGGAGAUCCUGGUACCAUCGGCAAAACUGGCUCCAAAGGAGACGUCGGCAUCUCGGGGGAGCAGGGCAUUCCAGGACCUCCGGGUCCGAUGGGUCUAAGGGGCUACCCAGGAAUGAUGGGUCCCAAGGGGGAGGCGGGGCCUCGUGGCUACAAGGGCAUCACAGGACCCAUAGGCAUUCCCGGGCCUCCUGGUGAAGAGGGACCUCAAGGACCACCUGGAGAACCGGGAGAAAAAGGAGAUUUGGGCGGCCGAGGAAUCCAGGGCCCGCAAGGUGCAGUCGGCAAAAAGGGAGAGAAUGGUCUCCCUGGCAUUGAUGGAAAAGACGGCACACCUGGCAUUCCUGGAAUCAAGGGUGCCCCGGGGCAGCCUGGGAUGCCUGGUCCUCCAGGUCAUCAGGGAGCAGCAGGAUUGACCGGUAGUCCUGGAACGAAAGGUGGACCCGGAGACAAAGGGGAGCCUGGACCGAGAGGCCAUGUUGGCUUGGCUGGCGUCCCUGGACCUCUGGGUGAGCCUGGUCUUCCUGGUGAGGCUGGUAUGGAGGGAGUUCCUGGACCUAAGGGGGACAGAGGCCAGAGGGGACCGGUCGGGCCACAGGGAGCAGUUGGCAAGUCUGGAAACAAGGGAGAGAGAGGACCCAUCGGCGUUCCAGGUCCUCAGGGGUUAACUGGAACCAAAGGGGACAAGGGAUUCCAAGGAAAAGUUGGGGCGAAGGGAGACUUUGGUGACCCCGGUGUUGAAGGAUUGGCCGGAGAGAAAGGUGAAAAGGGUUUGUCUGGUGAGCCCGGGCCAAAAGGACAGCAAGGAGUGAGGGGUGACCUCGGACACAAUGGCCCCACAGGAGACCCUGGUAAACCAGGAGACCUGGGACCACCGGGACUACCGGGCCCACGAGGUCUCAACGGAGAGAGAGGUGUACCAGGCAUGCCAGGCAUUCAGGGAGCGUCGGGACGAGAUGCAUCUGACCAGCAUAUUAUUGAGGUGGUGCUGAAGAUGUUACAAGAGAGGCUAGCAGCAGUAGCAGUGAGUGCUAAGAGGGCCGUGCUUGGCGGAGCGGGUGUAAUGGGACCGCCUGGCCCUCCUGGACCCCCCGGAGCCCCUGGCCCUCAAGGGCCACAUGGUCUCACCGGGCCUCGUGGUAUCCCUGGCAUGAUUGGGGGACCUGGGCAGAUUGGAAAUACAGGACUCAAAGGUAAAAGAGGGCCAAAAGGAGAGAGAGGAGAUCCUGGCAAACCCCACCCAGGUCUACCAGGACCUCCAGGAAUACAAGGUCCUCCUGGUAUUGAUGGUGUGGCUCGGGAUGGCAGGCCUGGUGAGCGAGGAUCUCAGGGCUCAGCCGGAGAGGCUGGCCGCCCCGGUAAGGCGGGUCCGCCAGGUCUCCCAGGGUUCUGUGAGGCGGCGAUGUGUUUGGCCGCAUCAGCAUACACCUCGCCAAGACUACAGGAGGCUGGUAGCAUCAAAGGACCCAACGUCUAGAGACCCCUCUCCCCAUCAGCAGCUCACAACAUCUGGGAGAAAGAGGAAAAAAAAGAGAGAUUGCAGAAGAGGAGGAGAGAGACCACUCCUCUCAGCUGGUGAACAUCAAGAGCGAGGGGUGGGGGCAGCAAUAUGGUGACUGACAUUGCCCCCUGCUGAAACUGACAACCUUUAGUUGCGAUUGGUUGGACAUACUCCAAUCUCAAAACCCCCACAUCACCAUGACAACAGCCACCCACAUCCACCUGAAUUCACAAGCUCCGCUAGUCGACUGGGUGAUGUAAAUGUCAGUCACAUCAAAAUACCCCACCCCUCUUUUAGCGAGGGUGGCGUGGGACAGAAACAUUUAAAUUUUCCCGUCAUCCACGCCAGCGAUAGCUGAGAGCUGUGACACGUGAAACCCAUCAUUACGUCAGGUGAAAGGUGCUUCUUGUGUAACAUGUUCACUUCAAAUGGUGUGCCUUUAUAAAUGCAAUGCAAUGUUUUAAAAUCAAAAUGCCCUGCCUGUUCUGUGGCACCACACCCUGAUGACCUGGAAGUGUAAAAUAAAUGACCAAUAAAUGAUUGCAAUCUAGAUUUACACUCAGUAAAGUACUGUACCUUUGUAAGAUGUAGUAUUGAGACUCUUCAUCUGAGCUGGAGUGAAAUCCCUGUUUUUACCUCAUGUGUACAUUCCCCCCCCCUCCACUUUUCUACCCAAGUCUCAUUUUCAAAAAGAAAAAAAAUUAGCUUUAUCGCUUCCUCUUGUUGCCUGGCAACCGCAUAUCUCAAUGGGCACUCCCAUCUCCCAUAAUGCAGUGCUGUAAAUCUUUGUAAAUGUGUUUUGAUUAUGUAGAGGAAAAGGAAUGGGUUAUGAAAUGCACCAUCAAAAAUCCUGUGUUAAUGAAUCCAAUCAGCGGGAAAAGUUCCUACAGUUACAUACUUCUCUCCAAAACCAAUCAGUAGUAUCAAGAAUGUGCUCUCUAUGCCACUGUCAACUUUCCACAAGGUGUCAACGCAUUUCUAAAAUAAUGACUUAUUAUUCAUUACCAGAAGCUAUUUAUUGUUCUUUAUAUGUAUCAUCUGUAAAGAAAGUUUUUUUUUUUCUCGGUUGUUCAGGUCAACCCGAUUCAAUAAAGAGGAACCUUUUGUAAAAUCUAAUGUUCUUCUGAAUCAUGUUGGGAAUAGAAAAAACAAAAUCUCCCCAGGAUAAGCCUACUUCCUUUGGCUCCCUUCAAUCCUCCUACCCUGAAUCUUUGGCAGUAUCAACUCCGUUAUCUUUUGCUG